CGGGGAACUGCGCGAAACCUUGCAGAACAGCGCGGACGGGGGCGCUGCGGCGAAGGCGGCGGCUCGCACGAGCGCGCACGGCAGCCCCCCGGGCUAGCCAGCGGCAGCGGCGGGCCGGGCAGGCGGGGCGGGCGCCUUGCAAGCUGGUGCAGCUAGAUUAAAGGAUUUACCUGAAGACAAAGCAUUCUAUUCAUCAGAGACUAGACAAGAGUUACUCUUGCUUUUGCCAAUUAAAGAUGAUGUUGUCAUGGAAACAGUUGAUCCUGCUUUCAUUCAUUGGCUGCCUGGCAGGUGAGCUUCUUUUGCAAGGCCCCGUGUUUGUCAAAGAGCCCAGCAACAGUAUUUUCCCUGUUGGCUCGGAGGAUAAAAAAAUAACAUUAAAUUGUGAAGCAAGAGGCAACCCUUCUCCUCAUUACAGGUGGCAGCUGAAUGGCAGUGACAUUGAUACAAGUCUGGACCAUCGUUACAAACUGAACGGAGGAAAUCUCAUAGUUAUUAACCCUAACAGAAAUUGGGAUACUGGAAGUUACCAGUGUUUUGCAACAAAUUCUCUUGGAACAAUAGUCAGCAGAGAAGCUAAACUCCAAUUUGCCUAUCUUGAAAAUUUUAAGAGCAGAAUGAGAAGCAGAGUGUCAGUUCGUGAAGGCCAGGGAGUGGUACUUCUCUGUGGACCCCCACCACACUCCGGGGAACUUUCAUAUGCUUGGGUCUUCAAUGAGUAUCCAUCAUUCGUUGAAGAAGACAGUCGAAGAUUUGUCUCUCAAGAGACAGGACACCUCUACAUAGCUAAAGUGGAGCCAUCUGAUGUGGGAAAUUACACAUGCGUGGUGACCAGCACUGUGACAAAUGCCAGAGUAUUGGGCUCCCCAACCCCUUUGGUGCUACGCUCUGAUGGUGUCAUGGGUGAAUAUGAACCUAAAAUAGAACUCCAGUUUCCAGAAACUCUUCCAGCAGCUAAAGGUUCAACUGUGAAGUUGGAAUGCUUCGCCCUAGGGAACCCUGUUCCUCAGAUUAAUUGGAGAAGAAGUGAUGGGAUGCCGUUUCCCACCAAAAUUAAGCUGAGGAAGUUCAAUGGUGUGCUCGAAAUUCCAAACUUCCAACAGGAAGAUACAGGCUCCUAUGAGUGCAUUGCUGAAAAUUCACGAGGAAAGAAUGUGGCGAGAGGACGGCUCACUUACUAUGCAAAACCUUAUUGGGUUCAACUCUUAAAAGAUGUGGAAACUGCUGUGGAGGACAGUCUUUAUUGGGAAUGCCGGGCAAGUGGGAAGCCUAAACCCUCCUAUCGAUGGCUGAAAAAUGGAGAUGCCUUAGUACUAGAGGAGAGAAUACAGAUAGAAAAUGGUGCCCUUACAAUAGCCAACCUCAAUGUGAGUGACUCUGGAAUGUUCCAGUGUAUAGCAGAGAACAAGCAUGGCCUCAUCUACUCCAGUGCUGAGCUCAAAGUAUUAGCUUCUGCUCCAGAUUUUUCAAGGAACCCUAUGAAAAAAAUGAUUCAGGUGCAGGUGGGCAGCCUGGUGAUCUUGGAUUGUAAACCCAGCGCCUCUCCAAGGGCACUUUCUUUCUGGAAGAAGGGAGACACGGUGGUGCGGGAGCAGGCAAGGAUUUCUCUUUUAAAUGAUGGAGGACUCAAAAUUAUGAACGUGACCAAGGCUGAUGCUGGAAUCUACACCUGCAUAGCAGAAAACCAGUUUGGCAAAGCGAAUGGCACCACCCAGUUGGUUGUGACAGAACCAACAAGAAUAAUUUUGGCACCUUCUAACAUGGAUGUUGCCGUUGGUGAGAGCAUCAUUUUACCUUGCCAGGUUCAACAUGACCCCCUAUUAGACAUAAUGUUUGCCUGGUAUUUCAAUGGAACUCUUACAGACUUUAAGAAAGAUGGAUCGCACUUUGAGAAAGUUGGUGGGGAAAACAUACUCUGGAUUUGGAAAGUGUAAAAUGUUUUCUCUGAGGCACUGGGAGAACUGGUAGUGGAGCUUCAAGGCCUGAACUGAUCUGUUUGUCUUAAAUGCUUUCAGAUGUAUUAAAUGCAAAUGCUUUCAGAUGUCCUCUUCCUUUCUCUUUCAUUUAUGAUGGAUCCAUUGUAGAAAUAUUAUAGAUUUUAAAGGAACAUUAGUAAUUGAAUAAUGGCUAAGAAAUGGACUCAUACAAUGCCUCUCCUUUGUGUCUGGGUUACAUCACUCAGGAUAUUUUCUACUUUCACCUAUUUCCCUGUGAACUCAUAAUGUUUCUUUUUAAUGGCUUAAUAGUAUUCUCUAGUGUAAAUGAACCACAUUUUCUGUAUCCAUUCUUCAAUUGAGAGACAUCUAAGUUGUUCCCAGUUUCUGGCUACUACAAAUAAAGCUGCUAUGAACAUAGUUCAGCAAGUUUCCUUGUGGGAUGGUGGAGCAUCUUUUGGAUAUAUACCAAGAAGUGAUAUAAAUGGGUUUUGAGGUUCAACUAUUCCCAAUUUUCUGAGAAAUAAGUAAGUUGAUUCCAAAGUGAUUGUACAAGUUUGAACUCCCACCAGUAGUGGAGGAGUAUUCUCUUUUCUCCACAACUUCACCAGUAGUGGGAGGAGAGGGAGGGCUGAUAUUGGGUUGUAAAGUGAAUAAAUAAAUAAAUAAAUAAAUUUAAUAAAAUAAAGAAAAUAAAUGCAUUUAUACUGAACAAAGGCUUCAUAGCUGGAUAUCUUUGAGCCCUGUCAAGCAAGGACAACCUGGUUGUUGAUUUGUCUGUUGAUCUUGGAGAUAGUCAUUCUGUUGGGCAGAUUUCAAAUCCCAGUCUUGGGUUUACAGACUUACAGUGUUGGGCAUCAGUAAAGCAGACAACCACACAAUGGCCAACUCAGUAUAUUCGUUUGACAAAGGUUUCUUACUAAAUAUAUGCAUAUGGGCAUGUAGCUAAACCAUGUUUCAGUGAUAUAUGUUAUUUCAAGUGAUGUCAUUUGUGGCUAAUCUCUGUUCUCCUAAGGGAUAUUCUUACAUACUAGAGUCCAGAACUUUAGAACAAAACCUUAUUUGGACACAGGACUUUUGUGGAAAUGCUGAUUAAAUUGCGACAAGAUUACUCUGAAGUAAAAUGAGCUUCAUUUCUUAUCAAUUAUGAUCGUAUGGGGAAAAUGCAGUUUGGACAGAGACACAUAAAGAAGAGAAAAUCAUGGACAGACAGACAAGGAAGAAUAAAUGUCAUGUGAUAAUAGAGACAGCUGUGUUCCCACAAAGCCAUGGGUGGCUGAAACCCUCAGGAAAUGGGAGAGUUCAGAAGACACCAACUCUAAGGAUUCAGAAGGGAACAUGGCUCUACCAGUUUUUUCACUUCAGACUUUCAGCUCACAGAAACUGGGAGAGAACGUAUGUCUGUUGUCUGAAGCCACUAUUGAUUUUUUGUUGUUGAUGUUAUGGCAAUCCUAGGAAAUUAAAACAUCUAAAAGAAAAAUAAUUCCCAUGAUAUUAGAUAAUAAGCUACAAAUAAGAACAGAUUGACUACCAUUCCUGUUUUUCUGUCAUCUGGCUUUAUUUAGUUUAAGGACAGCUAGUUUUGUAAUUGUUCUCCCUGUUUCAGGCUUUGAGAAUAUUUUCAAUUACUUCAAGCACUCAGCAUUCCUUUUAUCAAUGCUUUAAUGCCCACUUAAAAAUUAUAUCUCCUAUAUUCCAUAACAACAGGAAAAACAAGUGCAAGCAUUAUAAAUUAGCUCCCUCUUCCGUUCUGAAUCCCUAGUCAUACUGCCUAAGGUUGUAAAGAGGCUUGAGAAGAACGAAUACCUCCAGCUCCUUUCAUAAUGACUCAUUAUCCAGCUUGGAAAAGAAUUCUCUACACAAGUUCUCCUGGUUUAAAUUCUUAAAUGAAGAAUUCAACUUCAAGCAUUGGUAACCUAUGCCACAUCAUAAAAUUAUGGUUGUGAUUUAUCAUCUGGAUCGUUGUCUGUUGUGGCACUUUGUUUAGUUCAAGACCUUCAUUGUUAGUUAAUGCAUAUUUAACUAUGCAUUAGACACUCCGAAUCCAAAGAGGUUUGAUGAAAUGUGCAGAAAUGCUCAAAGGCUCAACUGGAUAGCUUAUACUUGUACAAGAGGAACUCAGAGAUGAGAACAUUUGAGUGGAUAAUGUAAUUUAACUCUUCUGAUUGACAGAGCACAGAUGGAUUGAACAGAAGACAUGAAGUCAUCUCUGAGAAGAGUCAAGUAUCUGAAAUAUGAAAGUUCAUAUGUUAAUGCCAUUCCUUGUCAAGUCGGUUCCUUCCACAACAUGAAGGUUCAUAGCUUAUGAUUGUUUUUAUUGACUUGUACCAUUAGUAACUUAAUAUUCUCGCAUCAAUAUGAAACAGUAAGCCAUAUGAAAUGACAUUGCCCUUAAGCACAAGCAAUUAAGUAAAUUGGUUUUCUGUUUCAUGGGAAAGGAAUUACAUAACAACCCCUGGCCUCUGAUUUCAUAUUCAUUGCAGCAUACACAAUACUUAGACUGUUUGCCCCCUUCACUCCCUGGUAUAUUAAUAGAUACAUUCAUCUUUUUUCCAAAAUAAUGUAGCAAAGAAGCUGAUGAGACAAGUGCAAGAGUUGCCUGGGAAGGUUUUUAUUCUAAGCAUUAUGUUGACAAUGGAAGGGGUAGUUUAAAUUACAGAAAAGAGAACUCAUAUAUUUGAACCAUCAUAUUCAGCUAGUUGCUUUUGGAAGUACACUGGGCAUCUGGUACUAGGUAUUAUUAAAAAAUAACACCCAGGCAAAAUUCAUAAUGUCAUUAAUUUCUAUCUCUGUUAUUGUAGGUUCAAAUACUAAACCAAAGGAUUCUAGCAUAGCAAUCACAGCCUUCUGUAAGGUUAGAAUGAUGUGUUUAGAUGCCAGAGAAUCAAAUAACUCUAUUAAAACAUGGAGCUAAACAAAGAAUUCUCAGCUGAGGAAUAUCGAAUAGCUGAAAAACACCUAAAGAAAUGUUCAACAUCCUUAAUCAUCAGGGAAAUGCAAAUCAAAAUGACCCCGAGAUUCCACCUCACACCAGUCAGAAUGGCUAGGAUCAAAAACUCCAGCAACAGCAGACUCUGGUGAGGAUGUGGAAAAAAAGGACCACUCCUACAUUGUUGGUGGGAUUGAAAUCUGGUAUAACCACUUUGGAAAUCAGUCUUGAGGUUCCUCAGAAAAUUGGACAGAGUACUACCUGAGGACCCACUCCUGAACAUACACUCAAAAGGUGCCCCAACAUUUAACAAGGAAACAUGCUCCCCUGUGUUCAUAGCAGCCUUAUUUAUAAUAGCCAGAAGCUGGAAAGAACCCAGAUGUCCUUCAACGAGGAAUGGAUAAAGAAAAUGUGGUACAUCUACACAAUGGAGUACCACUCAACUAUCAAAAACAAUGACUUCAUGAAAUUCAUAGGCAAAUGAAUGGAACUAGAAAAUAUCAUCCGGAGUGAGGUAACCCAAUCACAAAAAAACCCCACAUGAUAUGCAUUCACUGAUAAGUGGAUAUUAACCCAAAAGCUUGAAUUACCCAAGAUACAAUCCAUAGACCACAUGAAGCUCAAGAAGAAGGACAACCAAAGUGUGGAUACUUCAGUACUUCUUAGAUGGGGGAACAAAAGUAUUCAUAGGAGGAGUUAUGGAGAUGAAAUUUGAAGCAGAAACUGAAGGAAUGGUCACUCACGUCCUGCCCUACCUGGGGAUCCAGACAAUUUUGAUGAAGCCAAGGAGUACAUGCUGACAGGAGCCUGAUAUAGCUGUCUCCUGAGAGGGUCAGACAGAGCAUGACAAAUACAGACGCAAAUGCUAGUAGCAAACCACUGAACUGAGAACAGGGUCCCCAUUGGAGGAGUUGGAGAAAGAAUUGAAGGAACUGAAGGAGCUUGUAACCCCAUAACAACAGCAAUACCAACCAACCAGAGCUCCCAGGAACUAAACCACCAUCCAAAGACUACACAUGGACAGACCCAUGGCUCCAGCUGCAUAUGCAGCAGAGGAUGGCCUUGUUGGACACCAAAUGGAGGAGAAGCCCUUGGUCCUGCCAAGGCUGGAUCCCCCAGUGUGUGAGAAUUUCAUAACAGGGAGGCAGGACGGUGUGGGUGGUUGGGAGGGGAUAAGGGGAUGACAUUUGAAAUGUAAAUUAAAGUAUAUCCAAUAAAAAUGGGGAAAAAGAAAGAAAACUUAUUGAACAAAGUAUCAAAAGAAAGUAUAAUAAAAGAAAAGUUGUAUCUGAAUAUAUGCUUCCAUCCAUGCCCAUGGCACAAACAGAAGUCCCGUCAUCCAGUAAGCAACAAUAGCUUUCCCUUAAGCCCAGUAUGCCACACAAAUACAUUUUUAUAGGCAAUGUUAGGUAUGAAUGGAUAAAAUUGUGUCAUUUUACAGGAGACCUGGGGUGUUCCCAUUUCCUCUGUGACACUCACGGUUAAGUGGAUCACUUAGUUUUCUGUUUCUUUAUCGUGAUCUCUUCACAUAAAAUUUUUAGUUGUCUUUGUUGUAUUCCCUGACCACCAUCACCAUGAGAUCUGGAAAGCACUGGUUUUUCCCUGAGUGUUGUUUUCUCCUUUACAAGACAUAUCGAGAAAGCAUCCUAUGUCCUUGGAUGCAUGCAGCUAAGAAUGUAUGUGCCCACACAUAAUCACUUUUUCUUCAUGUAUGGAGAGUUAGAAGAUUCACAGACUAGCAAUACAUAUGUGGAGUAAGGUUCUUUCAAUUUUUUUUUUAACUCACAAGAUUUCAUCCCAUGCAUGCACUAAGAAUUUGAUUUGACUAUUUUUCCCAGGAAUACCACAUGCAUUUCUUGCCUUACUUUUAAGUACAUGUCAUAUUUCACCCAUCAGCAGCUCAAAGCCAAGAUAAGCAACAGAAUAUUGUUGGAAGUUAUCUGAAGAGUAACUGGGUCCUAGCUAUUUAAGGUUCAUUGUAGGGAUAUUCUAGUAUAUUUUUGUUUUGCUUAAAAGACGAGCCUGACCAAUAUAGAUGCAGAUACAUGCAGCCAAACAUCAGACUGAGUAUGGGGACCCCAGUGGGGAAAUUAGGGCAAGGACUUAAGGAGCUGAAGGGAUUUGCCAUCCCAUAGGAAGAGCAACAAUAUCAACCAAAUCGACUCCCCAAAGCUCUCAGGGACUAAACCACCAUCCAAAGAGUACACAGGGGGACCCAUAGCUCCAGCUGGGUAUCUAGCAGAAGAUUGCCUUAUCUGGCAUCAGUGGGAUGGGAGCCCAUUGGUCCAGUGGAGACUUGAUACCCCAGUGUUGGGGAAUGCUAGAGUGCUGAGGCAGGAGUCAGUGAGCAGCCUGGGGAUCAUCCUCAUGGAGGCAGGGGGAGGGGAAUGGGAGAUGGCCUUUGUGAAACUGAAACUAGGAAGGGGGAUAACAAUCGAAAUGUAAAUAAAUAAAAUAACCAAUAAAGAAAAAAGCGAUAUUUUGGACUUAAGACAUAUGAUCAGAGCGCUCUACAAAUAGAACCUUUUAAAACUGGGCACAGAAGGUGCUCACUAUCCAUUCACUGUGAGAUGCUUCAGUAUAUAUAAUGUAUAUUGUUUCCAAUAAACUUUUAUGCAAUGCAGGCUCUUUAGAAACGAAAGAUGUCUAGGAACCAAACAUCACGGUUUCACAAAUACUUUGUGGAAUUGGCUCUGUGAUAAAUUAGAAUAUGUGAAUGAAAGUCACUUGAAGCAGAAAGAAGAACACUGACAACUAAUCUGCCGUUCAUUUCCCUGGCUCACUCCAGUGUUAUUUAUUCUCCAAGGCCUGCAUUCUCAUUGUGCUAUAGCAGCUACACGUGAGAUGAGGCCUUAAUCUACUCUGCUCUCGGUACUCGAUAAGUUUGUUUUCCAGCAUGAUCUUUACUGUGUGAUACUAUGCCAUGGUCCUUGGGCUUAAUUAACUUCUUUGAAUUAUUUGGGUGUGAAAGCAAGGUCUUGGAAAUAGUGGCUAUUUCCAGUGUAAAACUAGACAUGUAGAAGAUAUGUGGAUCUCCAAUACCUAUCUAAGGAUAAACCUUGAUUCUAUACAUUAUUCAAUGUAACAUUCCAGGGUUUAAAAUAUAGCCUUAAACUGUCUUAUGUUUUAUGUGUCAUCCAUUUUCAAAGUAUUAGCUUCCCUGGAAGCAUCAUUAUGAGAAUGACACCACAAAGUAGAAAUCUACCAGAGAAAUGGUUGUAAUUGUCAGCUGGCUACUCCCUGACACAGUUCUGCCCCGAUGCUCUUUUGGAGUAGAAAGCUAGGAUUUUACAAAAUGCUAGGAGGAAUAUGUAAGUCAUGUGCAUAAAACUCUUACUAUGAAUGGAUUUCAGCAACCCCGCCAUUAUCCAUCAGCUAGUGCACCUUUCCACCUACUCCUUAGAAUUCAACUGGUGUCACUAGUAUCUUUUAAGUAAAUCAUUUACCAAGUUGAACAGUCAAAAUCCAUCUUCUAGUACAAGCCUUUGUGGGAUAUAUUUCAAUUCACAAGAAAAUAAGAAGGGAAAACCAAAGAAGUGUAGUGCAUCAUAUUAUAUUAAAACCUUUCAAAUAACUGUGUCUCAAUAAAAAAUCAUCAUCUAAAGUUAUGAAAGUCUCUACUACCUCCUUCCCAAGAACCAGGAUUCAUUGAAAAAGAAGAGGUAUAAUGAUUAUAAGGCUAGGGGAUGUGAAUGACUACAAGGAAAAUGUGUCUUCUAGACACAGCAGAGAGAUAACACAUGAAUUCAAGAGGUUGUAAUGGCAGACAUAAGACCUGUGCUACCUCAAGUCAGACAAAAUCCCAGUAAGGAGAGGGUAGCUAUGCAUGAAAUCCCACCCGUCACCAAGAAGCUGUUGGCAUAUCAUUUUCCGGUAAGAGCGGAUCCUCUGGUAAAGGUGACCAUGCUCUCCACUCUGAGACAGUCUGUCCAAGAAUAUAUAUGGGCAGCACAAGUUGGAAUGUAUGGAUGACAGAGGGGGAGAGAGGGGGGAGGGAACAGAGUUGGGUAUCUAGAAAGGGGGUAUGGCCUGGGAAAGAGGCAAGGCAUAUCGGAAGAGGCAAGGAAAAUGAUUAAAACAUGGAAUAUGAAAUUAUCAAGGAAAUAGUAAAAAUAAUUGAGAAGAAAAAUGUGGAAGUAUUUAGCAGAAAAUUAUAAAAUGGGAAAAAUACAAAAGGAAAAUUUUAAGUAAAGAUAACUCAUAGCAAAUUUUGUCAACAUACAUUAAAAUUGUAAUAACAUUCAUUUCUGCCUGAGAUGCUGAGUACAAAAUGGAUCCCUGGAUCUUGAGGCUCUAUGUCUUAGCAUUGAUGUAUACCCAAAGAGGCAUUUUCAUACCGGAGAGGCCAACAUCCCAAUAUUUGAUCAUUUGAUGAGUCUGAAUCACAGCUUGAGGUUGAAAUCCUGGAAAGCUCACUGAGAACUUUUGGUUGUUAGUGGUGGAGCUUAGGAAUACGAGUUCUGAUGUCUGCAGGGUAAUCAGCAAUAGCAGGAAUCAGGAAAGUCAUUUUGGAAACCUUUGACAAAAUACCUUGACAAAAGCAAUGAAGGGGAGAGAAGAUUUUGGCCCAGAACUUAGAGUUAUAGUUCAUCAUUGUAGAGAGGUGACAGGAACAAACUUGACACAACUGUGCUCAGCUCAGUACUCCUUCACUUCUCAAUCCCAUCCAAGAAUAUUGCCACCCAGAGUCCAUGGAAAUUCCCAUAUCAAUGUAAUAAAUAUAGUCCCCACAGGCAUGCCCACAAGCCAACCGAAUUUAGUCAGUCUUCAUUGAGACUUUGUAAGUGAUGCUAGAGUGUACCAAGCUAACAAUUAAAGCCUACCACCAUACAUAUGUAGACCAUCUUUACAGCCUACAGAAUGGUUUUACUGCCCUUAGAAAAGAACUACAUUUUGCCUGCUCAUCCUUCUUUCCUCUCUAACUUUUGACCACCAUGCAUCUUUUUUGCUGUCUCCAAGGUUUUGCUUGUCAAGAAUGUCAUGUAUUUGUUCUCAGGCUGUGCCUAUUCCUCUUUAAUUUAGAUUCAAUUGCGUACUGGUAUCUAUUUAAGGUAACUUUAGUUCUUAUCAUGACUUCAUGGUUCGUUUUUUUUGUUUGUUUGUUUUUUUUUGUAACAUCAGUAUAAUAUGCUACUCCUCAUACGUUACUUGCUACUUAUCUGCUCCUAUACCAAAGCAUAGCUAUUACUUCAUCUCUUUGUCAUUUAUGAAUAAAGUUGCUAUAAACAUGUAUCCGCAUGUAUUUGUGUAAAAGUAAGGUUUAAGUUUAUCUGGGUAAAUACCAAGAAGUACAUCUUAUUUUGGCUGCAUCUUAUCAUGAGACUGUUUACAUUUCAGAGACUUUCUAAAUGCCCAAAUAGAUACACCAUGAUCAUCUUCUUCCUCUCCAGCUUAUUAUUAUUAUUAGAUCUUAUUAUUAUGAAUAGGCAUGUGCUGCCCCCUGAUUGUUUAAGUUCAAAAUCCCCUAAUAAUGUACAAUGUUGAACCUAUUUGAUGUGUUCAUGACUUGUGACUUUUGUAUUUUCUUGAAUAAGAUGUUUGUUCUUUGUUUGCUUCAUUAUUUGGUGGCUUCUUUUCGCUUUUUGGAGUUGUAAGGGCUGUUUUGUAUGUGCUGCACUGAAGUGCAUCAUUAGCUCUGGCAGGUAUUCUCUAAGUCUGAGGAGUGACAUUUCAUCCUCUUGGUAUGUUUCAGAUAACAGUUAUUCACAUUGAUCAAAUUCAUUUUGCCAACCUUUAGUUCCAUACUGCUUCUGCAGCUGUUCCCAUAAAGCCUUUGCUAUAUCCUGGGUCAUCAAGAAUUAUCUUAUGUGAUCUUCUGUAAGUUGGAUAGUUUUCCUUUGAGGACUAUGAUCCAUUUUUAUUUCAUUUUCCCGCACAGCAUAAGGCCUGCAUCAGAAUUCAUUUUUUUCCAGUGAAUAUCCAGUUGUAGCCAUAUGAUAAAAGUCUACCCUUUGAUCCAUUUUACUGCCUUUGCUCUUUUGUCAGAUGCUGGGUGACUGUAUUCUGUGGCUAUUUCUGGAUUCUUUCUUCUGCUCUGUUGACCCUUUUGUCUGUCCUUCACCACUUAACCACCUUCUCUUCAUUUCUACAGCUUUAGAAUAAAACUUGGGGUUGUACUGAUGUCAGUGAUUCAGAUUCUGUUCUUAAAAACUGAGUUACCUUUUGGGGUCCUUUGCUUUCAAGUGUAAACUUUAAGAACAUAUUGUUGUUGCCAACAAAGUUGCAUCCUAGACUUUUGAUUGACAAUUGAGAUAGAAGAAGUUAAAAUUGUUGAGUUUCAUUAUUUUUGAGUGUAAACUAUGUUUCCAUUUCUUAUGUUCUCUGACCUCCUCCAUCAGAUUUUGCAGUCAUUCUUCAUAGUACUUGUGAGUAUGUGUUAGAAGUAAGCCUAAGUAAUUCAGUAUUUUGGGUGCAGAGAGAAAUAGUAAAAUUUGUUAUUUCAAAUAUCAUUUGUACAUUGCAAGUACAUAAGAAGUAAAUAACCUCUCCAUCAUUUAAAAGUUCUAGGAGAUUGUUAUUGAUUCUUUCAGAUUAUAUAGAAGACAUAUGUAUAUAAUGUGUAGAUGUCUGUCUCAUCUGUGACAUAACAUUCUAUUUCCUCCUUGCCAUUUGAUGCAUCUUUUAUUGUUUUUGCCUUAUUUUAACUUAAUUUCUAGUAGUAUUUUGGAACACAGUAAUGACAUCAGUGACACAGUUGCAUUGAUGGAAUCAGUUGCUAAUAUCUGUUUAAGGUUUAUGCAGAAAAGGGUGGGUGGAUGGGUGGGAGAAUACCCUCAGAGAAGACGGGAUGGGGGUUUAUGGACAGGAAACUGGGAACAGGAAUAACAUUUGAAAUGUAAAUAAAUAAAAAAUCCAAUUAAAAGAAAAAAAGAAACAAAAAAGAUUUUAACGUCUAUAUUUGUAAAAUACAUCUGCACGGUUUUCUUCCAGCCCUUUUUGUCUGGAUCGUAUAACCCUAACAUCGUAAUUUGAAAGUGUUUCUUUCACUUUUAUUUAGUGGAAAAAUUGUGGAGAAAUGAUGUCAUUUCUUAUGAUUAAAAGUUAUAUAGAAUUCACCCUUGAACCAAUCUCAUUCUGUUCUUUUUGUUGGGAGAUAUUCAUAUUUACCAAUUCAAUAAUUGUAUUUGAUAUAGGUUUAUUUUGAUUAUGUCUUCCCUCUUCUAUAAGAUUUGACAAGUUUUGUCUUUCAAAGAAUUGGUCCUUUUUUCCCUAGGCUAUUGGAUUAAUGUGCAGAGACUAAAAGUUUUCUUUAUUAUCCUUUACUGUCUCCAGGUGUUUUAGUGAUGCCCUCUUUUCUAACUGGUAGUACCAAAGCCUUUGUUUGCCUUUGUCCUGUUAGCCUGACUGUAGGCAUAUUGACAGUAUUGACCUCUUCAAAGGACUGGCUUUUGGCUUUGUUGAUUUUUUUUCUAUUGAUCUCCUGUUUUUAAUUUUACUGGGUUUUGCUCUGAUAUUUAUUUCUUAUAUUCUGCUUGCUUUAGAUUUAAUUUGCUCUUCUUUCUCUCAUUUUCUAAAGUGGAAUCAUAAAUGAUUGAUUUUUAGACCCUUGCUUUCAAAUAAGCAUGCUCGUUGCUUUGAAUUUCUCCUAAGCAUGACUCUUCCCAGAGCCAACAAAUUUGGAUAUGUUGUAUUAUUAUUUGUAGUCACUUAAAAUAUCUUCAUAAUGUUGGUUAUAUAUAUAUAUAUAUACAUAUAUAUAUGUAUACAUAUAUAUGUGUAUAUAUAUAUAAUUUAUUCACCAGCAGUUUGAGGAUUUUAGGUGCAUUCUACUAUGGUCUCAGAGCAGAGAUUUUUAUAAUUGCUAUACAUUUAAUUUUUAUCCUUAGUAUGUGUAUGUAUACUUGUAAGUGUACGUGUACUACAGCACACAUGUGUAGAACAGAUGAUACAUUUGUGGCAUCAUCUCUCUCCUUCCAACAUUAUGUUUGUUCUAGAAAUCAAGAUUAGGUCACCAGACUUGAACAAGAAGUUUUCCCUGUGAGACACAUUGCCAGCUCCCUAUGCUUUAAAUUUUAUAAGGUAUGUUUUAUGGCUCAGAAGAAGUUCUGUCUUGAUGAAUUUUAACACUUGAGGUGAGAAGAAUGAGUUAUCUGCUAUUGUAAGAUUAAGUGCUGAGUAGAUGCUAUUAAAUUCAUUGAACUGAUGGUGCCAUUUAAUUCAACUCUCUCCUUUGUUAAUUUCUACUUCCUAAGUAUGCAUUUAUGAUCAAGAAAUUUUGGAGCUUACUAAUAUAGCUUUGUGUCAAAUUUUCUCUGACAUGUCUGUCAAAUUUUAAUAUAUAUUGAACAUUCUUUUAUUAAACACAUAAACAUCACAGAUGAUUGUUUCUGCUUGGGAAGUAGACACUUCCUCACUACUUAUUAGGCUAUUUAAUCCUUGUAGCCUUCCCAGUAGCUUCCUGAAACUUUAACCACAAUGGUCCCUACAUAAUAUUUCUGCUUCCUCUUAAUAAUGAUUGUGUAUAUCAUUCAGUAUCCUUGGAGCUUAAAUGUGUAUGCAACAUUGUAGAUAUAGUAAGUUUCUUAUAGGCAAUGUAUAUCUAGGUCUUCCAUUCUGUGGGGUUUUGGUCUGUCUUUUAGUUAAUACUGUUAGGUUGUUAAUAUACAAAGAUAUAACUGGUAAAGUUAAAUUAACAUCUUGGCUAUUGCUACCAGUUUCCUAUCGCUAAUACUUCCUAUUUUCCUUUGCCCAGUUUAUCUGCCUUUUGUGGUUUCAGUGAACCAUUUCAGUGAUUUCAUUUAUUCAGUUCCAAGACUGAAUAUUAGUAAGCUUUCUGAAACUAAUAAACUACUUCCCAAGUUGUUGGUAUUAGGAAAGUAGCCUGGGAGGACUAUUAUGUUUCAGAGUCAGGGUCCUUCUGAAAACCUCUCCAUCCCAGCCACCUUGCCAGGUACCAUUCUGAGCUAUGUGCCUGAGCUGAAAACGUUCAGCCUCUAAAGAAAUGAAUUUCUUUUUCCUUUUUCAAUUUAAAUUCUCAAUUUACUUAAUGUUUUUAGGAGAAAUUCAGAUGGUCUACAGCAGCUGUGUCGGUCACAGGACAACUUUCUUCUACUAUGUCUAUGUAAAUUCUAGAUCACACAUCUUUAGACUACCUAGCAAGUACCUUUAGCCACUAAGACAAUUAUCUAGCUGGCCCCAAAUUUCUAUUGUUUAGAAAGUUCCCAAAUCAUAGUAUCCUGUUGUCACAGCCCAAAGACCACAAACUGUCAUUUAUACAGUGCUUCCUCCCCUACACACACAUUUCUAAGUGGUUCUCCUACAUUUGUAGUAUAUACUUGUUAUUAAUUCAAGCCAAUUUCAGAGUACUUCAAGUCUGCUUUGAAGUCUACUCUAUAGUAGGGUGUAUAAUAAAAUAGUCCUUUAGAGUAAUUUAUAACAAAACCCUCAUAGUAGAAUGAAGGUUCUUAUCAUCUUAUCUUAUCUGUAUUUCUCCCAUUAUUCUCAUGUUUUAUUGUCAUUCAAAUCACUUGGUCAUUAACAUACAAGCAUACAACAGUACACAUACUGUCACACACAAAUUUUUACUGAUGAUUUAAUGCAUUAUUUCCUUUCACUUGAAUAAUUUUUGAAUCAGUUAUGUAUAACAAAUUUCCUUUCAUUUUUCAAGUAUGUGAUGUAAGUACAUGUGUUUUUUCAUGUUUAUGAACACAGAUGCACAAGGUGUAAGGACCCACUGGGAGACGUUAUCUAAGAACCUUCCUCAGUCACUCUUCCACCUUGCUGAAGUAACGUUUCUCAGUCAAACCUAGGGUUCCAAUAUGGCUCAUCUUGCUAGGUAGCAGCUCUCAGAAGCUCCUGUCUCCACUUCCCAAGGCUGCAACUACAAGCAACCACCAUGUCUGAUCUAUAUUUUUAAUAAUUUAUUUAUUUUAAAUGUGACUCAGGGUGUGUGUGUGUGUGUGUGUGUGUGUGUGUGUGUGUGUGUGUGUGUGUGUGUAUGAAUUGCAUUUCUAGUACACAUGGAGGCUUUUAAAGAAUAUCGGGUCCUCUGGAACUCGAGUUACAGAUAGUUGUCAGUCAUCAUGGAGAGGCUGGACAUUAAAGCCAGGUCGUCUGGAAGGGCAUCUCAUGUUCUUAAGCUCGAAGCCACCUCUCUGUCACCCAAUCUACAUUUUUAUGUGUAUUACAGAUAUGUAGCCAUUUUGCUUGUAUGAUAAACUCUGUAACUCCUGUGCCACCUUCCCAGUCCUAAGAAAGCCAACUACUUCAUUUAAUCUUUACCCCCACACCAUUGCUGCUCUUUCUUUUCUGUGUAGAUUCAGGCUUCUACCCUAUACAUACUCUUCUUCUCUCUAAAAAGAUUUUGGCUUUCACUACUUUUAGUGUAUCAUGAGGAAUUUUAUUUACUCCUCCCUUUGCAAGAGGCUCCCCCAGCAGUAGAUUUUAAGAACAGUACAUUCCUCUGUUGCUAUUUACUUUUGUGGCAUUGGUGGUUUUAUCUCCAACCGUGAAAUAUUCAGUGCUUGUCUGUUCUGGUUUCUAAGAAACAGAUGUAAUCCUUAUCCAUUUCUCUAUGGGGAAGGAGCAUAGCUCUUUCCUCCCUAGCUUCUUGCAGGAUUAUUUUUGUCAGUUUUUGAAAGUUGAUAUAUUAUACAUAAGUGUGAUUUCAGUCAAGUUUUAUUUUGUCCUUUGCAUUUACUCUGCAAGCUGUCCCUCGAGUCUUGCACUAUGUUGUCUGACAUGCCCGAGAGGAAUUUGCAGUCAAUGGUGUUUCAAGACUUUUCUUUCUCAUUUCUCUUCGUUCGGCUACUUCUGUUCCAUAUCUGUGACACAUCCUGUUCUUAUAUGGUAGCUCUUGAAAAAUCACUCUAAAAGUCCAUCUAAAUUUUUUAUUUGUGUGUGUGUGUGUGUGUGUGUGUGUGUGUGUGUGUGUGCGUGCGUGCGCGCGCGCCUAUACUGAAGCAUUUGGAAACCAGAGGAUAAUAAAAUGUCUUUGCUCUGUCACUCUCACCCUUUUCCUCUUAAACUAAGAACUCUUGACCAAACCUAGGCUGUAGACCCUGCAAUUUUUUUCUAGGCUGGCCAGCCAACAAAACCCAGGGACCAGCCUUUCUCUACCUUCCUACAUAUAUUGUUAAUGAAUGACAGGUAAACAAAACUUCUUUCUUUGGUACUGGAAAUUCUAAUGUGGGUUCCUAUGUGUAUAGAGCAAGCAAUGUUACUAAUUGAAAUGUCUCCUCAGACUUUUUUUUUAAUUCCAUUUUUAAAUUCCUUUUUAUGACCUUAAGCUUAUCUGUUCCCUCCUGAGUUUCAUCAUUCUCUAAUGAGCCCAUAAAAAAGUCACUCUUCAUUGCUGUUACAGUAUUUGAGCUCUGUAACAUUUCUGCUUAAUUAAUUCAUGCAUACGUGCAUGCUUAUUUUUAUCAUUCAAAUCUUCAACAUGUUGAUCUUGGUUUUGAUAUUACUAGUCUGAUAAUUCUAACUCUCAUUCUAUAUGCAAUUUUUCAGUGGCUUCAGACUAAUUCCACCUGGGAAUAUGUCACAUAACUUAUUGUUGGAAGAUAAAAGUGUUAAAAUGACAAUAGAGAUAGUUGUAAGUCUUUAAUAAUAUAGUUAUAAGAUGUAGGGGUUUCUAUAGUGUUCCAUAGUUCUAUCCCUGGAGUAUAGGCUUCACUUUUCUACAUUUUCUUCCUGUUACUUGGGUCUGGAUGUCUGGGGAAGAGUAGAGUUGGCAUUUCACUUCCUCAGGUUGACUGGAAUCUGAUAAACCCCAAGCAUCAGUCUGAUAGAACAGCUGCUCCUGAAAGCAGCCACUCUUAAGGACAAACCAGAACUCUGAUACUAUUCCUUGUCCUGGCUCGUUCCAGCAAUUUAACAAGAUAUUUUUCUUUUGAUGGUAACUGGGAGGGCUCCUGAAAGAAAAACUAAGAUUUUUGCUGGCUACGUCUAACAUUUUUUCUACAAUGCCCCACAUUCACUUGAGUUAGUAGCUCUGAGCACCUAGGACUAUGUCAGUUACAGUUCAGGGUUUUUCCCACAUGACGUUGGUUUCCUUGGUGAUUUUGGCCUGUGGUUUUCUGCUCUGGCAGGUAUAAAGCUCUAGAUCAGUGUGUUGCCCUCUCAGCUUGCCCUGUGGCCUCAUUUACCUGCUGCAUCUAAGAAAGUUGUUAUUUUUUGAAAUUUCAUCAGCUUUUUCACUUGUUAAAGUAAAGUAGCAGUUUCUAUACUCCUAAAGUAGAAAAAGCAGAAAUCAGAGGUUUGAGUAAAGGGCUUGCCUUUCAAUACACAUGUCACUUCAUCAUGUGAGUUGUAUUGAUCACAUUGUGUUAGAUCUUUUUCCUUCUUUUUCAUUUUUAAAAACCUUUUAUUGGUCCUUUGUGAAUUUCACAUCAUGCACCCUAGACCCACUCAUCUCCCCAUCCCUUUGCUUCUGUUCUCUGCCUUUCAACCUCCAGAAAAGAAUAAAAAACAAAAAUGAAAGUAAUAUUAAUUUAAAAUAUCUCAUCACGGAAGUGGCAGUGUGUCACACAGCAUACUCUUUUGUCCAUGCAUCUUUACGUUCCAAAUAUUCACUGCAAUGACUCAUUUAUCGGUUUUGAAGCCUCUGGCUUCUGCUACGCCAUCAACACUGAAUCCUGAUGAAGACUUCUGUCACAUAUCAUGUUGUUGCUCUGUGUCAUGGAAAUCCUGCUGCUUUAGAUCUGUGGGACCAACCCCUUCACAGGCUCCAGCAGUUAAUAGACUGGGUAGAUAUUGUGGUGGGGCCAACUCAAGGCCUGGAUCUGUGCUGGGGUUUGGUGGGAGCCGAGUGAGAACUCUCCUGCACCUACACAAUGAGGAUGGACUCUCCAGCACUACCCUGGCUAGCUCAGUCGAUGCUGCAGCUAGCAAGGGGUGGCUCUCCUGCUCUCAGGCUUUUUGGGUUGGCUCACCAUGCCCAUACCAUGAGGGCCAGCUUUUCUGUGCCCAGCUGAGGCACAGCCACAAGGGAUAAGGCAAGCUCAGCCUGUGGGAGGAGGGUCAGUCUGAGCAGCAGUUAGAUAUCAUCAUGGUACUAGGCAGCAGCCCAGACCAGGGAGUUGCAUGGCCUUUUGUGAUAAACAUAGGUCUUGCAUUUCAACACGGAUCCCUGCUUCUGCAUGGCCAUGGACCAAGGAAUGACCCUCAGCCACAGCAUGGGCCAGGAUAUCACCAUGAACUCAGGUGGCAGGGCAGCCUAUCAUAUAGGAUGUUCCUGUCUAUCCUCAAAUUUCCAGAUCCAUCUGCCUCUUUUCACAGAGCUCAAACUGUUUUCCUUCUAUUUCUCUCCCACUCACAAUCACAUAAUUGCACAGACAGUGAUUCCUGCUGAGGGUGGCCUAUGAGACAGGGGAGACUCUAUGUGGCUUUUUAUUGUUAUGGUUGUUGUUGUUAAUAUUGCUUAUUUUUGGUUGGCUGGUUGUUUUGUUUCCUGGUUGGCUUAUUUGUUUGUUUGGUUUUUGAGGGUUUCUCUAUGUAGCCUUGGCUGUCCUGUAACUUGCUAUGUAGACCAGGCUGACCUCAAAUUCAUAGAGAUCCAUCUGCCACUGCCCCCCACCCCCAGGUUCUGGAUAAAGGCUCUGUCUGUUAGCUCUUAUAUUCCAGUUUCAGAAAGAAAGUCACUUUAUGCUGUAAAACAUAAGAUUUAAUGACUCCAUUUAACUGAUCUGAAUAUAACUAAGAAAA